AUGCCACGACUUCCAUCACGGCUCCUCAGGCAAGCCAGACAACACUCGCCCAACCUUGCUGCUCUUGUCCCCGCAUGUCGCGAUAUUCAAUCCGCCCAAAAUGAACUCCGCUGGCUCACGGAAUAUGUAACGCAGACAAUCAACACACAGUCCAUCGUCAGCAAGGAUCAACGACUGAGGUCACUAUGCCAGCGGCGACGUCGUGGUGUACCUUUACAGUACAUUCUCGGCUCCCAGCCUUUUGGGCCCCUGGAUAUCAAAUGCAGAUCGGGCGUGCUCAUCCCUCGCCCAGAGACGGAGGCCUACACAUAUCACCUUGUAGAUUUGAUCAAGUCAGGGAAACUUUUGCCCAGUAGAUCGAGCAAUGAUGAUGACGAGCUGAGCAUUGUUGACCUCUGCACGGGAACAGGUUGCAUUCCUUUGCUUUUGUACGCUUUGCUUCAGCCCUCUUUUUCGCGCUUGCGCGUCCGAGGAGUUGACAUUUCGUCCCAAGCAAUCAGCCUCGCAAAGCUCAAUAUUGACCACAAUACCAAGCUAGGCAAUAUUUCGGUUUCCCAACCGGAUCAAACGCUCAACUUCUUGAGGGGUGACAUCUUCAAGGACCAAGACGUGGCCCCUCUGACCCGAAAUCCCUGCGACAUCUUAGUAUCAAACCCACCAUAUGUCUCCCGGAAGGCCUGGGAUCUUGCCCAAGGGCGACUGAGCUACUCUGUUCGCAAGUACGAGCCGCGAUUAGCCCUUGUUCCACAUGUUGAUGCGCCCGUUCCUGCUGGAUGGCAGCAUGAGGAUGUGUUUUACUCUAGACUGCUGGAUCUUGCCAUGCUACUGAAACCGAGAGUCGCACUUCUCGAACUUGGCGAGGAACCACAAGCUCGGCGAGUAUUGGGCUGUUUAUUUCGACACAAAAUAGCAAAGUUCGUCGCGGUUGAGGUUUGGCGCGAUUGGCCAGACCUGACCGCAGCUGACGGAGAGGCGGGAGCGCUUGUUGUAGAGGCAGACGAUACAUCUCGGAGGGUUCUAGUUAAAGGAAGCGGCGAGGUUCGGUCCAUUCUACUGCGGUUGCGAUGGGAUACUUGA